GUUCGAUAAUAUUUGGUUAAUUUGAAAGUUCAUUGUUGGCACUAAAAGAAAGGUUUCUGGCAUAAUUCCUUCAGUGUGUGGAAGGAAGGUGGCGCGUGAAUAGUCCAGAUUGACCUGCUCACGCCCCGACCCUGGUGUUAAACGAUUACAGGAGCCAACACAGCCAGCCAGUACAACGCAUUACUGCUUCACGGCAGAAAUAGAAAAACUUUCAAGACAAUCGUCGUCUGUCUAAAGCGAUAGUAGAAGCCCUGCAAGACUCGAAGUUCAACGAGGAGAUAUUGUUCGAUCUAAAAAAGGAGAACCAGAUCUACUUAAACCGCACCAUGUCGCUUGUCAUCAAAUACAUUGUGAAACGUGAAGUGGACAGCUACCGGUCAAGAAGGACUGACGCCAUCAGCCGUCGCAUAUAUUCAUCGCUCAUAAUGAAACUCAUUGAUAUCGCCAAGGACCUGCCCCGCAACACGAGUGCCCUCGGUCGCAUCGACACAGCGCACAAGUACUACAUGGCCGUCGAGAGCCGCGACAUGCACGACGUUAUGGCGGACAUGCAGGUUUUCCACGCGUGCACACGGCUGUACGACAUUAUGUUCACGGCUCCGAAAAUAUUGUCACAGUUAGGAAACCUGGAUGAUCUGACACCGCGGCUAUUAGUGAGGAAGCUCAAUGAGAUGGAGGUUAAGCCUAUACAUCUUGGAAUAGCAUUACUCGUACAGUACCACCUGCGGAACGCCGUGAACUUCGCCAUCCGUUCUGAUGCUUUAACAGUGCUGUUGACGAAGCCCCAGCAGGUUGGUGCUCAAGUCGUGGAGAUGCUCAAAGCCGUGGCUGCGCGGCUCUUGCCCAUCGCAGAACUUCUGGACGUGCAUAUAGCCCACUCCAGCUCCGUGUUCAGAGACACCAGCCCCGAUUCUUGGUUGGGCAUUGUUAAUAAUAAAUAAUUUGAUUACUGAA